CCGCGGGUGCCUUCCCUUCCGGAGGACCCUCCAUGUUCCUGAGGCCGCAGUCCCAGAUCACAGCCGUCCAAGGCCAGGCCUCCAGCGGCCUCCAAACGCACUAAAGCUCAGCACGCGCUCUGUACGACAGUACAGGAAGUCUCCAGAGCCGCCUCCACAUGCUGCGUAACCCUGCGGGCCGUUGCAGCUGUCGCUUCUUCUGGGAAGCCUCCUCUGACCUUCCUCUGGACUUAUCAGUGAGCAAGAUGCAGACCCUGCCCUCCUGGAGUCCACAGUUUGGGGAGCUAGAAAGCUAACAACAAUAGUGAUGUCCAGCAAGGUGGCCAUUGGCAGUGACAUCGGGCAGGCCCGCCGGGCCGUGGAGCAGCUGCGGAUGGAGGCAGGCAUCGAACGCGUGAAGGUGUCCAAGGCGGCCUCCGACCUGCUGCAGUUCUGCAUGGAGCAGGCCAAGAGUGACCCCUUCCUCGUGGGCAUCCCCGCUGCCACCAACCCCUUCAAGGAGAAGAAGCCCUGCACCAUCCUGUGACCUCCACGGCCCUGACCACCCGGGAGGCCGCAAUAAACAUGAAGUGAGGGA